AAGACGGAGUUCAAGCGUUCAAGGACCGCGUCCUCUGCCAAAGAGAUCUCGUCGAGCAGGAUAACCUCCCCACGUCUCAUGGCGGUCACCAAGGGCCCGUCG